CUGAACUAUCUCAACCACUAAACCCCUCCAGAACCAUGCGGAUCAUCAACCCCCAAGAGGCAGUCCUCACAAACGUCGAGGUUCUCGCGUACCUCACUGCAAACCCACCAAGAAGACCACCAAACCCCCCGCCGAGUUCAAGGCACUGGGUACCGAGUCCGGAUUUACGGGACCAUAACACGGUUGUUAAGGAGAUCCACAACUAUGUCUCCCGUCUCUCUCCACACAUUCUCAAAUACCCACGCUACACGACCACCACAUCCACAACACAAACGCGCGCACAGAAAGAAACAGAAACACCGCUCGAUGGAGCCCUCCGCGCCCUCGUCACGCGACUCCAGCCCUACGGCCUGACGAAAGGCGAGGUGCUCAUGAUCGUGAACCUCGGCGUAGGCAUUGACUCGUCCGCUUCUGCUGCUGAGAACACGGAGAACGCUCCUGAGGGCGGCGAAGAGAUGGACGUUGAUGGUGCGGAUGAACAACAAACUGGUCAGGAAGGCGACGGUGAGGGUGAGGGUGGAGAACAGGGUGAAGGGGGGGAAGAAGAGGAGGAUCCAAUGGCGGGGGAUUACGGCGCGCUUGCGUUACUGGAUACGGUGAUUGAGGAGCGUGAGGAGAGGUUGAGCCAGGAGGAUGUUGGUGAGGUGUUGGCUAUUAUCCGGGAGACGUUUUAAGGUUGGGAAUAGGUGAUUGAGUUGCUCCUCUUCCUGCUACCUUUUGGAGAGCAAAGGAGGGGGAGAUUGGCUUUGUGUAUGAUAUGAUUCAU